AUGUCGGAAAACACCAUUGGAAAAAUUGGAAUGGUUGGAACAGGCAGUAUGGGUUCCAUGAUGUCUCUCCUUUUUGCAGAGAAAGGCUGUCAUGUUUACUACUUUGAUAUUAGUGAGAAUAAUACGAGAGCCACAGAAAGGAUUGUAAAAGGUGUGGAUGAAGAAAGUCGGAUUCAUCGCCAAGAGAGCUACGCCCAAUUAUGCGAAGAGGUCAAGUCCGACAAUCACCCAAGAGUCAUCAUCUUCAGUGUCCCCCACGGAAAUUCUGGAGAUCAGUGCGUCAAUGAACUUCGACCACACCUGGAGAAAGGGGAUAUCAUUUUGGACUGCUCAAAUGAGCAUUAUGUCAAUACAGAACGACGACAGGCAGACCUCGCAAUAGACGACAUCUACUAUGUUGGGUGCGGUGUCUCGGGUGGUCAUCAAAGUGCACGAACUGGGCCAUCCAUGUCACCAGGAGGAGACCCGAAAGCAUUGAAAAUCAUCAUGCCGUUGCUGAGAUCUGUCGCGGCCAGUAAUGGCGACGGAAAACCACGUACCGCCCCUAUUGGAUCUGGAGGGUCCGGUCAUUAUGCGAAGAUGAUUCACAACGGCAUCGAACAAGGAAUGAUGUCAGUUAUUUCAGAGGUCUGGUACAUUCUCACACAGGGUAUAAAGCUCAGCUGUGAUGAAGCUACAGACGUCUUUACAAAAUGGAACAAGUCCGAUGAGCUUCAGAACACAUUUCUCAUCUACAUAGCCGCCGACAUCAACAGAACUCGAGACUCACAUGGAGAACAUGCCUCGGGAAACUUUCAAGACAGGACUACUCAGGACGUCCACAACACGGAAGGAACGGGUGCUUGGUCUUGUGAAGAAGCAAUCAAACUCCACGUUCCUGCAUCGAACAUUGUUAGUGCACACCUCUUUAGAUGCACGUCAGCAGAACUCAGAAAGCGAGUUGCCGAAGCAAAGGCUUCGCGAUGUCCGAUAGAGCCGAAACCCAUCAAGGUCGGCUCCAAAGAUGAUUUUAUUGAAGAUCUUCGCAAAACGACCUACUUUUGUCUCUUGCUGUGUUUCGUACAAGGACUCCAAAUUAUCCGAGAGAUGGAUCAACAGCGAGAGUGGCAUAUUGAUUACCCGGAGCUACUACACAUCUGGAGCUCCGGUUCUAUCAUCCAAGCAAGGGGUAUCAUAAAUCUACUGAGAAAGGUCUACGGUCAAUCCUCGAUGAAACAGAACUUGCUUUCAAACCCUGAACUCUCGAGUCAGCUGGCGGGCCUUUUGCCUUCUGUCAAACGAUGUGUCAUUGCAGCAGUGGAAGCAGACAUGGUUGUUGCGGCUAUGGGCCAAAGCUUGGAAUACUACAAGUAUUCAACAUCAGUUCAACUACCAACGCAAUUAACAGAGUCGGAGCUAGACUAUUUUGGCAAAAACAAGUUUGAUCUCAAGAAGGAGGAUAAGGGCGAGGCUGUCGAGUGA